AUGCUAUGCAAUGAUUACUUUCUCAAGUAUCAAACCUGUAAUGAAUAGUACUUGAAUAAAAAAUUGCCAUUUGGAAAGAGAAAACUUUAUAAGCAAUGCAUGAAUAAUCUAGAUGAGUACAAAGCAUGUGUUGUAGGAAUUAAUUAAGAUAAAAUGAUAGUAAAAAAGUAAUUAACAGAGGAGGAUCUCUACUAAAAGAGAUAGCAAUUUAAGGACAAAUAAAAUCAAACUCCAAAUUUGAAAGAUAAAGUGGGUUCAGAUAAAAAUGGAAGUGAUGAAGAGUAGGAGCUAGCUAGAUACAAGGAAACACUGGCUAAAAUGGAAAGACAAUGGAAGUAAGCAGUAGAAGCUGUGAAUGAAAAUAAACUCUAGAAAAAAAUAGAUGAACUAAACAAUUAACUUAAUGAAUAAAAUAAACUUAUCAUCAACCUUAAGAAGGAAAACUAGACUCUGAGAUUAAAAGCUCAUUUAGUAGAUGAUGAUUAGCAGCCCGAUAUCAAAGGGGAUAAAGGGAUUGCUGGAUUAUCAGAAAAUAAUAACAUUACUGUUGUUACAAUGGAAAGAAUAAAGGAACUUGAGAGAACUCUUAAAGCAAAAGAAAGUGAUUUCUAGGAGAGAAUUAUUGGCUAUAAAGGAAAAAUAAAUGACCUGGAGUUAGACAAGAGAACCAAAGAGAAAAAUAUUGAAACUCUUAAUACAAAGCUAAAUGAAGCCUAAGAAGAAAAUAGUCAAUUGAGAAGAUUAGCUCAUGCUGAUGAAGCUACAAAACUCAAAAUUGAACUUAAGGCAGCAAAAGAAAGAUUGAAUAUUAUAGAAAAGGAGUUAUAAAAAUCAAAUGAUUAUGCAAAACUAGAAAUCAAUCAGCUUACAGAGAGAUGCUAGAAAUUACAAGAUGAAUUAGAUGGGAGCUUGAAUGCUGAUAGGACAUUGAAGGAAAGAAGUGGAUAACUUUAGGUAAUUAACGCCUAACUUUAAAAGAAAUUGAAUGAACAAGAAGGGGAUCUUAUAAAGUUUAGUAAAAUUAGAAGUGAAAUGAUGGAGGAAAGAGAAUAACUGUUAGGAGAAAUGCGAGAGCUCAAGGCUAGGGAUUCAAAAUAUCAAAUAGACAUUAGAUAACUCUAAGAUACUAAUGAUUAGCUUGACAGAAAGUGCCAGGAUAUGAUAAAGAAAUUACAGUUUGCUGAUCCCAAGAUAAUGAAAGAGUAAAGAGACUUAAUAAAUGAUUUAAAAGGCAAAGUCAUUGUACUUGAAAGAGAAUUAAAAAUGGUGCAUGAGGGGUCAGAAAAGGAAAUAUCUCAAUUAAGAGAGGAAUUAGAAGGUUUAAGAUCCCAAAGACAUGAUGAAGAUUUUAAUAAAGAUAUGCAGUAGCAUGUUGAGAAAAUGACAAUGUAAAAGUUAAGGCAAGAACUUACUAAUGCCAGAUAAGAAUUGGAUCAAGCUGGGUAAUAAGUAGCAGGAUUAAACUAAGAAAUUAAAGCAUAAUAGGUCUACUAUGAAGCAGAGCUGAGCAAACUAAAUAAGGAUAAAAGAAAUGUAGUUGGAAUAGAGAAUGAUGCUAUCAUCAUUGCUUAAUUAUAGAGUAAAGUUAAAAUACUUGAAACUAAACUGAGAGAUUCAUUGCUUGAGAAGGAUGAUUUUGUAAGGAAAGUUACAAUGCUGAAUGAAGAGUUGAAGAUUCAAGAGGAGCAUUUUAGGAAAGAAAUUUAAGAGCAGGUCUAACAUGCAUCGGAUUUAGCUAAUAAUUCACUGCUAAAUGAUAAUAAAUUUGUAAAUCUGAUGACUAAACUUAAUGAAGAACAAAGAAAGUACUAUAAGGAAAAAUCGUCCUUCGAGUAAAGUGCUAAAAUAACAUCUGAAAUGGCUAGGCAAAAGGUAAAGGAACUUGAAACUGAACUAAGCAAGUAAUCUCACUUCUUUGAAUAAUCAACUGAAAAAUACGAAUUAGAAAUUAAAAUGCUUAAAGAGUUCUAGCAAGGUAUUCAAAAAGAUUUUGAAGGUAAAGACUAGUAGAUUCAAAUCUUAAUGGAUUAGGUUGAUAAAUUCAAGAGAGAAAAAAAAGAAGCUUUCUCAUUACUGAGACAAAGAGAUAUUGAUCUAUAAAGAGCAAAUAAGAGAUUAACUGAUAUUCAAAAAUAGAUCAAUGAUCUAUAGUAUACAAAUAAUAAAAUGACUAAUCUAAGAGAGCUCCCAAGAGCACCUUCAGCUUCUAUUGAAAAUAGGAAUAAUUAAUCUGUUAUAAUUAGUAACCAAGGUUCUAAAAAAUUGAAUGAUAUCUCACUCCCUGAUAUCAAACAGAGUCGCCCAGCAUCUUAGCUCAGAGGAGCUAGUGCAUCAAAGAUGACUAGAGGAGUAAAUUAAUAAAAUCUUUAAAAACUUAUAACAGUAGAACAAUUCUUUUAGAAAUGGAACUCCAGUGGUACUAACGAUUCCAUAAAAUCAGAAUUGCUUGAUUAAGUGAUUGGAGAUAACUCUCUAAAGCUCGAAUGUGUGAAAAGAAAGUAGGAAUUCUUACUGGUAAUUCACUAGUCCUUUGAAUCAAAUAACCAAUAGAUAUAUGAGAAAGCAACAAUAAUCGCAUCUGAGUUGGUGGAUUCAAAAUGGAUAUAAUAAACAGAGAUGAUAGCUCUCAAUGCUUCCAAAAAAAUUAUUAAAACUCUUGCUCCAAAGAGACCAACUGAGGACAACAACUACACAAUGAGCAGACAUAUAUCAGCGAUUAAUUUACUCUGCAAACUGGAUAAAUGGGACAUUGAAUGGACAAACUAAAUGUCAGAGGAAAUUUCAAAAGUUGCUGGAUUAGACACCAUAAUAAAUUAUCUUGAGUAAAGUUAACAUGAUAAUUAUAAGGCUUAGGCAGCAUAAAUUGUUGGAAUGAUUGCUGAGGAAGGCUCAAUUAACAAUAUCUUAUAAGAGAAGGAUUCAAUAAAUAUACUAGUAGAUUGCAUGCUUCAUAAGUAGGUAAUUGUUAAGAGAAAUUCUGCAGAAGCCCUCGCUUUUCUAAUCAAAGAUGAGGCCAUUAGAAAUUCUAUAACUAAUGAUAGAGUAUUGCAUGCCGCAUUAGGUGAGCAUUAAAAGUCCACUGAUCAGGUUUACACAGAAAAUCUUCUUCUGAUACUCAUGAAUCUUUCACUUUCCAAACAUUUUAAGCCUGCUAUUUACGAAUCCGGUUUACUUGACUCUCUUAUUUAUAAUAUGGUAAAUGGUCAUACUUCUGAAGAAUAAAUUUAUGCUAUUAGAAUUGCUUUCAACCUUUGCUAUAAUAGUGAGAUAAAAAGUAGAAAUUAUGAGAAACUACAUCCUUAUAUUCUCCAAGUUAUUCAAUAAGGAAAAGAUGAUGUAAGUCUCUAGGCUCUGAUAUUACUUAAGAAAAUGACUGAAAGUGAAAAAACCAAAACUGACAAUGAUAUGAAAAUUCUACCAGCCUUAAUAAAUUCCCUUAAAAGCAAGGACAAAAGAAUCCUAGACCUUGGCUUGAAAAAUAUAAUGAUACUAUGUGAAAACAAUCCAAAGACAAUACUUUCAGAGUUUGACUUGAAGGGUUAAGGAAUAUCCUAGUGUAUCGAAUUCUAUGUCAACAGUAAUGAUCUGCAGCUGAGCAUUUAUUCUUCACAUAUCUUAUGCCUCUACUGUAUAGAGGGCUUUGUAAGUGAAAUCAAUUAAAAGGGAAGAAUAGAAUACUUAAAUACUUUACUUAAAAAUUUUACCGCUGAAGAUGAGAAAAUUAGAAUCUAAGCUAUCAAGAUGAUGUCUCUUAUUUUGCAAGAUCAAUACAUCCAUGACAUAGUAUAUCAGCUAUCAGACUUUUAGUUCCUAAUUAGCGAUAUAAAUGAAAUGGCUAAUUAUGAGUCAUUAUAUCCAGAAGAAUAAGACCUUUUGAUGUAUGUGCUGAGAAUAUUUGGUGAGUUUGCUAAAACCGCUAAAAUGAGUGAGAUAAAUACCUAAAAUGGAAUAAUACCAAUCUGCAUAAAGAUCCUUAUGGAUUCUUAGAAAUUCAGAAAAGAAGUUAGAAUAUGGGCACUAGUUAUAAUUAAUAGAGGAUGCUAUCACUAAGUGUAAGAAAUAGCAGACAGGAUAAUCAAAGGAUGCUUCCAAACUGACCCACCUCUAUUCUUGACAUUUCUACUUUCAAUUACUGAUCCUGAGGACUUGGAUUUCACUGUGCAUUGUAAACAUAUUUGGACUACCAUUGAGAAUUACUCAGGAAGUGUUAAACAAUCUUUAAUAAUGCAGCAACUGUAAUCAAAUUAUUCUCUUGUAGAAAAGCUGAUAGUAGGCACAAAGAGAACAAUAAACUCAAAAAGUGAUAUAAGUUAACAUAUGAGGAAUACUAUAAAUAAUACUAGAUAGGCAUCAGCUGAAAUAGAUAGAAUGGUCAAAGAGGCAACUAAAAAACUUGCAUAAUAAGUAUGA